AUAGUUUAAUUAGUUUGUUCUGACCUUGGAAGAAGGACCUGCCCAGCACCGUAGAGCGACAGGAGAGCAAGACUGGUGUUGCUUCUCAGCCAAGGCCAUGUCGUCCCUGUACACCAGGAGUAAGGAAUACACUCGCAGCAGGAAGGCUCAGUCAGACUCUCCCCCGUCCUCUCCUUCCCCGAUCGCAAAGACACUCAGACAUGAGAGACUUUCCAGGUUGGAAGCAGCUCCAAACCCCAGCACGAGUGAGUCGUCGUACAGCGACCGCGCCUCGGCCCGCUCCAGUGCCUACAGCCGCAGGGAGAGCCGGCUCGCCGCCCUCAGCAGCCGGGCUGACGACGAGAGCAACAGGGACUACAAGAAAUUAUACGAGAGUGCCCUGUCUGAAAAUCAAAAGCUGAAGUCAAAGCUGCAAGAAGCCCAGCUUGAGCUGGCUGACAUCAAAGCAAAGUUGGAAAAAGCAACCCAGCAGAAACAGGAGAAAACUUCUGACCGGUCCAGCAUGCUGGAGAUGGAGAAGAGGGAGAAGCGAGCCCUUGAGCGGAAACUCUCUGAAAUGGAGGAGGAAAUGAAGAUUUUGACAGAGCUGAAGUCAGACAACCAAAGGCUGAAGGAUGAGAACGGAGCCCUUAUUCGUGUCAUCAGCAAACUCUCCAAAUAGGAAUCCUGAGCAAAGGCAGGACAAGGAGGGGUGUCCUACACCAGCUGCCAACCCCAGCACCGAGCCCUUCCCUUUCCUUCCCGUCACGUACAGCAAACGUUUCAGCCCUGGGAUCAAUGUCACACCUGCCUUGCCCUGCCCAUUGCUGUACAUUCCCUUUUCACCCCAAUUCCCCCCCAAAACACCCCCUGCCAUUUUUGUUUUUUUAAUUUAUGCAUGUUGUGGUAUCUCGGACAUUUUAUUCAAGGGAGAAAUGUGAGGACUGGGUUUGAGCUGCCAAAACUUCUUCCAGAAGCUCAGUGUUUGGUUUUGGACUUGGACCUGGGGUGGGAAGCUCUUGCUGUAAAAUGUGACAUCUGAAGAACUUAGCCCAGCAUAUCCAGGCCCUUUGCAGGUGGGAAAUGUGAACAUGGGCUGGGACUCUGGGGAUGUGCAUCAGCCCACUGAGACGUGGGACUCUGGUUCAAUGUGAUGCUUUUAAAGCCACCAGAGCUCAUGUUUGUCACAGGCUGAUGAGCUCUUUUGCAGAGACCUUCUCCUCUUGCCCCACUAGACUGAGUCUUCUGUUUAAGAUUUUGAACUUGUUCAGUAACAUCAGUGCUGACACUCGGUGUCAGACCCUCAUCCCUCACCCUCCCUUUACCCCUGGCUGAUCCUGUGUCACGUUGUGUCCUUCCAGGGCUCCUGUCUCUGUGGUUGGGAGCAUCCAGUUGCCAACUGGACUCUUGUUCCUGGGACAGGAUACAUCCCAGGCACUUGCUGAGCUUGCUGAAGGACAAAUUUGAACCCUACAGGUCUUCUGCUGCUCUCACCUGUGUGUGAGCAUAAAUCACCUUUCAGGGAACUGUGCCCAUGCCAGAAGCCAGCCUCCCCUUCCCAAGAGCCAUCUGGGACAUUUCCUGCUGCCUCCCUGCAGGCAAAGCCCCAUGGCAGAGCCUGGUCUGGUACUUUGGGUCUCCCUGUUUGAUUUGAAGCAGGAUUUGUAGAGGGAGAAUGGCAGCAUCCUGUCCCCCACACCUUGGAAAGGUCAGGGUGUGUCAGAGGGACAAGGAGCUGCUGGUGACUGAAUCACCAUGAUGAAAUUAUUCUGACCUGUUAAAAACUUGUGAUAAGUUUUGGUCUUGAAGGAAACCUCCAGAAAUGCUCCUCUUUAACCUUACAUGCACUCUGAACAGUUUGGAAUUGUUCUCUGCCAUGGGCAUUUUUACAUUGGCUUCUCUCUCCGUGCUGUGGGACAUCAUCAGGUCUGUUGAGCUUCCCAUUAACAGACUCCUCUCAAACAAUAUCUCCCCUCCCAUAGACAUCCUGCUGGAUCCAAAACAUUUUCCCAUUUAAAUCCUUCCAUAUCUGUCCUUUAAUCCCCUUUGUCCUUCAGCUCCCCAGGCUCUGGCCAAGGGCAGCAGUUCUUGGUCACUGAACCUGGAGGUGGCCAUGGAGCAGCUCUACCACGUUCCUGAGCAGCUCUGCUGGCUCUGGCUGGGGGGACUCUCCACUGCCAGAGAGAUGAGAUACUUGAACAUGAGCAGAAUACUUGAGCUUGCUCAACAGGGUAAAACUUAACUCUGUCAGGCAAUCCUGGGCUUUUUCAAACCUUCUGCUGCUUAUUGCCUCAGAAAGCAUCUCUGUUUUCUUCUCCCUGGGGUUUGCUCUCCUUGUUUGUUUUUUUUUUCCCUCUAAUUCUCCAUUUUCCCCCCUUCCCCUCCCUGUCCUGCCUGUUUCCACCUCUCUUGCUCUUCCUGGAGCUUCCAGUUUUCCCCAGGCAGCUCUGACCACAAGUUGCUCUUCAGCUGGUGGAGCCAUUUGUGCAGCUGAGGCAUCAUUUCUGAGGCCCUUCCUCUGCUGCUGAGCUUUGGGAGGAAGAGACCAAAGCUGGUAAAGGCAUCAGGGUUUCUGCAGAGCACUGCCUAAGCCAGGCAUCCUUUUUAUAUUCCUUGAUUUUAACCUUGCUCUAUUUAACAGCUUUAAGUCUUGAGAUCCAGUCAAUGCUUCCCCUGCACGCUGUUCCCUCUUGGUGCACUCUUCAUGUGAGUACUUUUGCUGUUCUUGAUGUUUUCUCUCUUGGUGACCCACUCCUCCCUCUGGCUCUGGCUCUGGCUCUGCUCAGGAGAUCGGGGAUCAGGAGCCUGGUCCCUUCUGUGCCACGUGGAGGAGGAGACGCUCCCCAGCUGGGCAGGAGGAGGAGGAGAGUUUGGAGUAAAGAUCCUGUUCUUCUCACAGGAGGUUCCUGGCAGCAGCAAGCCUGGUGUCUGUUUUAGGGAGAGGGUUCAGCCCAAUCUGACAAAUCCAUCCCACACUGAUGUUUUGCCCCUUCCUACCAGGACACUCACUGUGCUUUUUCCCAAGGAUCAGGGUGGGAAGGCUGUGGGAGGCUCCUUCUUCUGAGUGGCACCUUGCAAAGCCAAACCACUUCAGCUGAAGUGUCUGCUUAGCACUGGAUCCUCCCGAGCCCUGGGCCCCACAGCUCAGUGUCCCUGAGCAGCCAAAGCGUCUCCUCGUGACGUCCCAACUGCAAACCAAAUUCUUGAGAAUGGAUUUUCUUUUGUCUCACUUCAUGCCUGACAUAACCAGUGCACUGAGGAGGUGACACACAGGACACCUCAAACCCUGUGCUUGGGACAGGGUGCAGAGCAAAUAGGUUUUAAAAUUGAUCCCUCUUGGAAUCAGAGCAUUUGCCAGACGUGGUCUCCCUUGGGGAACGUGAGAUUUUUUUUCUGAGCAAUUGCUUGGGGUGAGUUAAUUUUUAUUGCUUGGGGUGAACCCACCUGUUGUGGCUCCAAGUUUGGUGAUGGCUCUUUGUAAAUAAACUCCUUGGAGAAGCAGGACUGGCUGACGAGAUGGGGAGAGAAUGUAUUUUUAUGCAACCUUUGAGUGGCCUUUCAAACCCUGAGAUGAAUGAUUUGUUUUACUGGUUGUUGUUAUAUAGUAUUAUAAGUAUUAUGUGUUUGAAAGUUUGGGAAUAAUAUUCACAGCUAUGAUGCUUGUAAACACAACAGUAUUUAUAAAUGAAUAAAAUAAGAGUUGAUAAAAUAGAA